AUGGCUCUACCUUGGCUGCAGCGCGUCGAGCUCGUGUUCUUUGCUACCGCCUUCGUGUGCGGAGCCGUGGCGGCCGUGGCACUGACCCGGACCCAGGGCUCCUUCAGUGGCAGCUGUCCCCUGUAUGGUGUGGCUGCCCUGAAUGGCUCCUCCCUGGCCUUGUCCCGACCUUCGGCCCCAUCUCUCUGCUACUUUGUGACUGGGGCCUCUGGCCUGCUGGCCCUCUACUGUCUCCUGCUUCUGCUCUUCUGGGUCUACAGCAGCUGCAUCGAGGAUUCCCACAGAGGCCCAAUAGGGCUCCGCAUCGCACUGGCCAUCUCAGCUAUAGCCAUCUUCCUGGUCUUAGUGUCUGCCUGUAUCCUUCGAUUUGGCACCAGUUCCCUCUGCAAAUCCAUCAUCUCCCUGAACAUAACUAGCUGCUCUGAUGCCCAGAAAACUCCAUGGAUACCCCCUGGAACCGCUCUGCAGUUUUACUCCAACCUACACAAUGCUGAAACCUCUUCUUGGGUGAAUCUGGUAUUGUGGUGCGUGGUCUUGGUGCUGCAGGUCGUGCAGUGGAAGUCUGAAGCCACCCCAUACCGGCCUCUGGAGAGGGGGGACCCUGUGUGGAGCUCUGAGACAGAUGCUCUUGUUGGGCCACGCCUUUCCCAUUCCUGA